AUGGCCAUUUCCGGUAUGGUCUGGGGGAUUAUGGGAUCGGCGACGAACUCCUUAGGCGUCAUCAUCAAAGCACGCACUUGGUGCUCAAUUUCCCUCGCCAUGGCAGCUAAUCAAUCUGUCGUUUUCAAGCACUGGGCACGCAUCAUCAAGCAAUGGCCGCUCGACCGCAUCCGCCCAGGUCAUGUCCACUUUCAGAAGGUCAUGCAGUCUCGUCUGCAGAAGCUCGAGUCACCUGCACCGGCUGCAGAUUCGUCCAAGUCCAACAAUGCCCUCGUGACGCCUGCCGAGCCUUUUAAUGAGCAGAAAGAAAUGCGACAAGUCAAUGCUCUGUACGCGCUGCUCGAAGACCGAUACGCGAAGGAAUACCCGCUCCCGCAAUCAGUCCGCCAGCCCAAGAGCAAUGUUUCCUACUAUGAUGAUUUGGUUCGGGAGCUGGACGAGGCGCCGGGACGAUCAUGGGCCACAUCAUUCUGGAAUCGCCUCAAGGGUGCUGUGCGAUUGAGAUGA